GAGCUUCUGUGACCUCUGACCUUUAUCAUGGCAUCCACAUCUAUCACCACCAUCGGUGGAGUGAUGGUCGUGACUCAGGUCAUUCCCAAGGAUGACGGCUCCAUCCAGCUCCAGAAUGCCAGCAGCACCACUGCACAGGCCCCUCCCCCUGUCAAAAAGACCACACCCAUCCCAGUCAAGAUGGACGACAUGACCAUCGCCUUCAUGCGGGGACAGCCGCACGCUCUCGGGGUCGUUCAGAUCAUGAUCGGGCUGCUGUGCAUCCUGUUCGCUCUGACCGCCAUCUCCUCGUGGGCCAUGAUCGCCUACUCUCCGUUCGCCCUCGGCGCCGCUUUUGUCGUCUCUGGCUCGGUGGCCGUGGCGGCAGGGAGACGCACUUCCAUCUCACUGGUUUGGGGGUCCCUGGUGUCCAACGUGAUAAGCGUCCUGAUUGGCCUGGCCGGUGUGGCCUACACCUGCUGGCUGCUGGCCGAAUGCCCCCCCUCCGAUCGCUUCUGUGACCGACAGAGCUUCAUCGAGUUCAAGGACGUAGACGGCCUGAGGAGCAAAUGCAGCCAAUAUUUUUAUUUGCUGGAUGUGGUUCUUUACGGGCUGCUCGGCCUCUUCCUGGUUCUCCUCGUCCUGCAGACCUGCGUCACCAUCGUCGUCUGUGUUUUCUCUGGCAAAGCCAUCAGGCUCCGCACUCCUUCUUCUCUCAGCGUGGAGUCUGACGAUCGCAGAGGUCUGCUGCCGCCCGGCUCACCCUGAGAGGAGGAAUCAUCUGAGAGCACUUCAGAUACUGCAGGAGUCUGACUCUGUCUGUCUUUGGCAGGGUGUCACUGGCAACUGUUGCACAGCAUUCUGGGUAAUUUAGGGGGAAAUCUGCCAUGUUAGUGUAAUCAAACCGUAAUCAUCAUUAUUACUGACGGUCAUUUCAAAUCACACUCUUGUAUUGUAACGUUAACGCUACAAUAAAUUGUUUUCCAACAGA